UGAAACGUGCGCGAUAUCGCAGGUAAGAAGCAGGCCAGGUUUCCGGAAACAUUCAACGGUGCUUCUGUCAGCAUUUCAUUUAAAAAUAACGCGCUGUCAUUUUUUAACGAGCCAGGUAAGCAUUAAAACGACAACUUUCACAACUAAGUUCUUUUAGUUUCCCUUUUGUUGCUGGGUCUUUCGCGAUAACCUUAAGGGCAAAGUAUAUUGUCCGUGAAAAUUUUUUUCAACGUUUAAUUCGUUCAUUCUUGUCGCUCUUUUGCGAGGCGCCAACUAAAAGCACAACAACUCUCCUACCUUAUAAUACAGCCCAACUGGCGCUGGUCCUGAUCACGGGUAAAAGGGCCCAGGGAUGACCACCAGGAUGGGCAGCUGCAAGAGAGUCUCUGACUGGACCGUGGAGGAGGUGUAUGACUGGGUCUUCGUUCAGUACCCCUACAAACAAGCUAACUUCCUGCAAGCGGUCGACAGUCAUGCCAUCUCCGGCCGGGCUCUGCUGAGGAUGAGUGAACACCAGCUGGAGAGGAUGGGGGUGGGGACCGAGCAGCAGCCGGAAAUCCUUCAGGACAUUCUGCUCCUCAGGGUUCAGGAGGAGCUGGAGAACCUCAACGACAUCUUCCAGGAAUGCUUCUCCUCAUGACCAGAAGAAGAGGCCCAAGUUGCACUUAUUUGUUCUUGCGUAUAGAGAAGCAGGCGAGUUGCUUUCAGAAUCAUUGACCUGAAGAAGACUGUGAGAUUGGUUUUGGCACGAUGGUAUGUCACUGGCACUUCUCUGAAUCAAGCUCCUGUGUGUUUUUCCCCACUCCACGUGGCACUCGUAAUCUUAUUUUUACAAUGCUCAAUGGACUAUCCAGCUGCAAUUGUGAUUGGAAAACGUCUCUCCGCAUUUACCGGCGGAUAGCCUGCAUCUCUCAUCUGGACAAAAUGCCACUAUCAAAUAAUCAGAGCUGAUUGGGGGAGCUAAUAGCCUGCAAUAUUACCCUUGUGAGACCCCUUGUGUAUUAGUUAAAAUGGGAGAGUUAGUCAAUUAGGGUUGAGAUUCAUGCAGCUGCAAGUGGAGACAAUUUAGACAACAGCCAAAUACAGCUACUGCCUGUUAUGCUUUACAAGGGAAUGUAAUGAGAAAUAUUUUUAUGGGACCUGUUUUUGGCGGGGACUAAAUCUGUUUUAAAGCUGUGGAAUUUUUGUGUCGGAUGCACGUAUGCCUGUUUGUGUGACAAGGGAAGGUUGAGUGAGUUGUUCACUCAAUGGUGUGUUCAACUGGUGUGUAAGAACGUCAUCCUUAUUCAGAGGUGUUUUUGUUCAAGUUGAUAUUUUGACAAUAUUUAGAUAAUUUGAGCAUUGUUGUCAGAUUUUAGGUGCUUCGAUCGUAGGUAUGUAAUAACCUAAGCAAAUGAUGUUUCCUUCAUCAAAAUCCGUAUUUUUCCAUUUAAAGUUUUUUUUAAUCAGAAAAAUGACUGAUUACAGUAGAAUAGUUGUUUAUGAAAUAUAAUGUGUUGUAAUCCUCAAACAGUAUUUUUCUGCAUAUUGUAGAGAUAUUAACUAAGAAUAAUAAACUGUUGAGGAUGCCAAAAUCCAGUGCACUUAAUUCAUUCAUAUUUGAAAUUCAUGGAGCUUUUAGCAGUCCAUUUCCUUUAAGUGCUGCAGUCAUAACAAUCGCAUAAUGGAUGAAAUGCCAGUGAUUUGCAUUGACUUUUGACAUUUCAGCAUUUAAUGUAGGUGUAAUUGUUAUUCUACAUUAAAAUGUGAUUUAUUUCCAUUUGUAGAUCUGUCUGUGAUUGUGCUGUCAUGAACAUUUUUGACUGUAUAACACAUUAGGCAUUUCAUUUUUUAUUUACAUUUUCAUUAACAUAAAUGCCUACAGUGGCUUCAGAAAGUAUUCAGACCCCUUCAGUUUUUGCACACUUUAUUGUGUUGUAGAUUUUAAUGGAUAAAAUUGCCAUUUUGCCCAUUAAUCUAUACUACACUUUGUCAAUAUCACAUAAUGACAAAGUGAAAGCAUUUUUAGACAUUUUAGUAAAACUGAAAUCUAAUUUACAUAAGUAUUCAGACCCUUUGCUGCAGCCAGGUGCAUCCUCUUUGCUUCAAUUAUCCUUGAGAUGUGUCUGGAACUUGAUUGGAGUCAACCUGUGACAAAUUGAAUUGAUUGGACAUAGUUUAGAAAGGCACACACCUGUGUAUAUAAGGUCCCACAAUUCACACUGCGUGUCUUAAAUCAAAUCUUAAAACUAAAUUGGAAUUAAAACACAGUAAAGUGUGGAAAGGGUGAAGUGGUCGGAAUACUUUCUGAAGCCACUGUAUAGUUAUGAUUACUUUAUUACCCAUUAAAGACAGUGCAACCCCUAAUUAGCUGCAAAUUUUAAAAUGAUCUCUAUUUCCUGAAAAUAUUGUAUUGAUGUGUAAUGUGUAGCAACAGAAAAAUGUAUUACAAGAGUACAGACUGAAUUAUAAUAAAGGCCUUGAUUCUCA